GGAAACACAACACUACUUUCGAAACAAACAUGGCCGCAUGGCCCGGUGACAGUAUCGCAUUCGAUAACCGCGCUCAAAACAAUAAAUUAACAAGUUUCCUAAACGCUGAAUUUAAUUUAAAUGUCGAUAAUGGUAGCUACGCGUGUAAAGUGUCAGAGUUUAAAUAUGAUAAAGUGAUUCAAAGCGAAGUGACAUCGGAAAGCGCAAUAGUUCCCAAGGACGGGAAUUCGGAGAAAUAUGAAAGAUUGUUACCCCAAAAUGAGACUGAGAAAAAAAUCGAAAUGGACCCGGAUAAAAAGAGGAAAUCAGAUGACGCUCGAUACAAGUGUGAAUACGACGGCUGCGAGCGGACUUACAGCACCGUCGGAAAUCUGCGCACUCACAUGAAAACGCACAAAGGUGAAUACAGAUUCAAAUGUUCCAUGUCGUCGUGCAACAAGGCGUUCCUCACGUCGUACAGUUUGAAGAUUCACGUCCGGGCACACACGAAAGCAAAGCCGUUCGCGUGCACUAUCAGCGGCUGCAGGAAGGCAUUUAAUACUUUAUACAGAUUGCGAGCUCACCAACGGCUGCACAGUGGCGACACGUUCAACUGUCAGGCGGAUGGAUGUACUAAGUUCUUCACGACACACAGCGAUUUGAAGAAACACAUACGAACGCACACGCAGGAGCGGCCUUACAAAUGUGUGCGAGAAGGUUGCGGCAAGUCGUUCACCGCCUCGCACCACCUCAAGGCGCACGCGCGCACGCACGCGCGCCACCAGCACCAGCACGCGCACGCGCAUGCCAUGCCGCGACCAACGAGGCCGUUUCUAGAAUUCCCCGCCAAACCGCAACCGAGGGACGGCAUGAACUGGGAGGGCCUGCUCGAAUCCUUCGGCCGAAUCACCACGGAGUCCAACUCCACAGACGGAAGCCUCGAAGAUAUCAACACAGUCGACCCUCUCCCGACGACGACUGUAGACAUAACUGACUUACUAUUCGACAACGCCAACCCUAACACUUUAGACUACGACCUUAACUUACAAUUUGACAAGAAAAAGGAAAACUCCUGGACUAAUAAUCUACAACCUCCGCUUGUUGAAGGCAAGAGAAAAGCUAUGCAACUGGCUUUAGCGAAUGAAAUCGAAGUUCAAGCCCCAUGGGUCGAUGUGAGCGCUUUAGCGGCAUCCAUUUCAGAAACCCCGGUUAGCAUUAAAGAAAAAACUCCUGAGAGCAUUUUCACUAUGGCGACUUUUGUACCGACUCAUAUGCAAAGCUAUAUGGACUUAAAUCCUGAAACUGCUAAUGUAAUAACUCAAAGCGCCUUUGAUUUGGCUUCUCCAAACAUUUUAGACGUAGCUGACAAAGUAUUUAAUGAUAGCGAGCUGGUUUCGAAUCUAUCUUCAACUAAAAUUGAAGAUGACAUUGAAAACUUCCUAAAAGAUGACAGAUCUUUAAAUACUCCACCACCUUGCAGAGUUCAUCACAAUAUCGAAAUAAAUCCGGCCAAUUCAGUACUCUUCAAUUCUGAUUUAGAUCUAGAAGACACAUUGCUAUUCGACAAUGAACCUAUAUCAGACAUGUAUGUGGUAAGAACUGAGAAUAUAUUUGGGAAAGAAAUAGCAAAGAGAAAUGCAUUGGCACAAUUAGCAGCAGACGCUGGAAUUUGCAAUUGCAUGACAUGCGAAUGUGAUCCUACACUAGGAGAAUGUAGGGGUGAUUGUCAAAGCAAAGAACCGAUACAACCAGAGAAACGUAAAUGCCCUGUGGAUACUUGUGAUUGCGCCGAAGAUUGCCAAUGCGACCAUCAAGCUAUGAAAUGUGCUGUAGGUUGUGGUAAAGCUACCGACACAAACCAUAAUACCUUCUUGGACUACCAUCGGAGACAUAAGUUGACAAGUUUGGAAGAACUAGGAGUAUACACCGUUCACGACGAAGAUCUACCAACUGAAACAUUAGUUGAGCAAUUAUCUUGUUCUUGUGAGAAAUCUACAUCCUCUAAUAAGAAAUUAGAAGGCUUUUCAGAAAGUAGCAAUUGGGAAACUGGUUGUCAGGGUGUUCAAACUGAAGGCAAGAAAGAAUCUGUGUGCCAGGGCAAGAAAGAAUCCACUUGUAAGAAGGAAACCGCUUGCCAGAGCAAAAAGGAGUCUUCUUGCAUGAGUAAAAAAGAAUCUUGCCAGGGCAAAACAGACUCUUGUGAGAGUAAAAGUGGGUCCACUUGCAAAGGCAAGAAAGAAUCUACUUUCCAAGGUAAGAAAGAGCUUUGUGAGGGUAGGCAAGAGUCUACUUGCAAAAGUAAAAGCAACAGCAACCAAUGUUCAGGUAAUGGAGGUUGUUCAGAUAGUACAAAAGAUAAGUGUUGUGUUACGAUUUGCAUUAAGAAGUUGGAAGCAUUCAAGCAGUUUUUGUCAGACCAUGAACUACUGGGUGCCUUGAAAGCGCACAAUUUGGAUUUCACUUCGAUGUGA